AUUUGCUUGAAUUUUCAUGCAAUAUAAUGGUCGUAUCAGCUUGUCCCGAGCACUUGCAGCUGGUCAAAACCGUGCAUUCCAUUCCAUAACAACGGUGCAAGCACAAACGCAGAAGAUUAAACCAAGUUUCGCGACGCAACGACCAGCAAAAGUCCGCUCCAAGGAUUCAGUGCGACACGUUGAAAAUAAUCGGGAUCAUGUGAAGCGAAAUGAGUUUGGGGUCCAAAUGCUCUCGCGGCCUUUACAUGCACAAAUAUUCAAGAAUGUUUCGUUCCCCUCACCUAAGAAAUCCUUCAUCAAUAUCGCGCUUCAGCACUUAGAGCACCAUGGUCUGGAUCCGUCGCAAGGCUCUGUGCUUCCCGACAGUUCCUUUACUCUACCACCCCUACAGGGCAAUAAUCUGCUAGAGCACUUCCAUCGAAUAGGCUCGGCGCUCGCUCAGCCUUAUCUUGGUCUUGCUCAAUCGUUCGCUGGACAACAGCUACCUCCCAUUCCAGAAAUCUCCGACUGGAACGUUCAACAGAGCGGAUGGACCAAGUAUCAUUACAUGCCAGAUGGCUCUAGUUACAGCGAGCCUAUCGAAUACCCUCAGAAGGACGACGGCUCACCCGAGGAACUUCUCAGCUUCGAUGUUGAGACUCUUCCCCCAUAUCAUCCAUUUGCAAUCAUGGCUUGCGCUGCAUCCCCUACUGCCUGGUACGCAUGGGUCUCGCCAUGGCUUCUAGGAGAAACGGAAGAUCCUGCCCAGUUAAUUCCUCUGGGUGACCCUGCUGUCGCGCGAAUCCUGGUUGGGCAUAAUGUUUCAUAUGACCGAGGGCGGACAAAAGAGGAAUACGCUUUGGCUGGGACGAAGAACCGUUGGCUGGAUACCAUGGCUUUACAUGUGGCGGUCCAGGGCAUAAGCAGUCAUCAACGUCCCGCAUGGAUGAAGUGGAGGAAAGCGAAAAAGGCUGAGGAGGAACGAGAGAUCGAGGCACGGUCAGUGUUGGACGAAAUGCUCGAUGAGCUGGACGAUCGCUGGCGCUCCGAGGAUGAUGCGGAGAAGCGAGUACACCUCAAACGCCUGAAGGAGCAGCUCAAGGGUCUCGUUGUUCCGGGCACUGCAGAGGCGUCUGUGGAUUCUGGGGAAAGCACAGGAGCAGAAGAAGACGGGUCAAAAACAUGGGAGUCUCUCACCUCUGUCAAUUCCCUCGCAGAAGUCGCUGCACUGCAUGGGGUCGAGCUGACAGCACCGAAGUCUACGCGAGACGACUUUAUGAAACUCUCUCCGUCGGCCAUUCUGGCGUCGCUGCCCGAGUAUUUCGCCUAUUGUGCGUCUGAUGUCCAGGCCACGCAUGCGAUCUUCAGCAGGAUUCUGCCACCCUUUCUAGUACAAUGCCCUCAUCCGGUUAGCUUUGCCGGCAUGCUCACCAUGGGAAGCAGUUUUCUGUGCGUGGACGAAGGAUGGGAGCAGUAUCUGCAGCGGGCGGAAGCUGUUUAUCAAGGCCUUGAAACUGCUGUCAAAACGCGUUUGGAAGAGCUGGCUAAACAAGCACUAUUGCUUUUCCUCGAAAAUUCAGAACAACAGCCCUGGAAAGAUGAUCCGUGGCUCAGUCAGCUCGAUUGGACCCCCAAAGUCGCUGGCAAGUCACGUGGAAUCGUCGCUGCUCCAGAACCAGAGAUGGCGCCGAAUGGUCUACCUGCCUGGUAUCUUACUGUGCAAAAGUAUCCCCUCUCGACUCGCUCGCUGGAGAGGAUUGUGCCUCUUUUGUUGCGUCUCUCAUACAAAAACCAACCGAUCAAAUGGACUGCAGUCGAUAAAUGGCACUAUCUGAUGGGCGGAUUGGUGACGCGCUUCGACAGUGCAUCCCCCAAGCUCAAGACCGGUACCAUCUUGAGUGCGAAACAUGCUCUCAAGUCUUUCUCAGAAGAGAAGAUGUCGUCUCCGGAGGCAGAUCUGGCUCUCUCCAUCUCCAGCGGAGUCCGCGACCCCAUCGUUUCUGAGAAGAUCAUUGUUUUGGCACAAUCUGUUCUUGAUGAUUGGGAGCAGGGCUGUGAUGUGCUUGGUGAUCCUUGGUUCUCUCAGCUGGACUGGACUUUGGUCGACGCAGAUAAGAAAUCCAAAAAGGCGACGAAGCCCGUUCCCACAAUGUGGCCAAAAUGGUAUUGGGAUGUUACGAGACCCAAGAAAGACAUGUCUGCUGGCGCCAUUGAAAUCACCGUCCGUAACAGGAUCGCGCCGCUUCUCCUGAAGCUCACGUGGCUGGGGUGGCCUCUGGUCCACUCGCGUGAGCACGGCUGGGUCUUCCGUGUUCCGACAUCGGCUCAAUUCACGACACGGGCUUCUGCUCUUGACUUUUAUGAUCCAGCAGACGAUUUACUUGCCGAAGCAAGUCUACGGGGCGACUUCACUUUCUACAAGCUACCUCACAAAGAUGGCGAUAAGGCGAACGUUGGUAGCCCACUCGGAAAGACGUUCGUGAAAUACUUCAAGGACCGUACCCUUCAGAGUCCUGGUUCAGAGGCCAUGGAAGCCCUAGACCUGAACGCCAUGUGCAGCUACUGGAUCAGUGCACGUGACCGCAUUCUCAAUCAAACCGUUGUGUGGCAGCAGGCCGGCGAACUUGGCUUUGUUGAUGAUCGUCCAGGAAAGAAGUGGGGUGUUAUCCUGCCGCAAGUCAUCACGAUGGGGACUGUCACGCGUAGAGCAAUCGAGAAGACAUGGCUGACAGCAAGCAAUGCUAAGAAGGAUCGGGUUGGGUCAGAGCUUAAAGCGAUGGUUCGAGCGCCUCCUGGAUAUGCGAUUGUCGGUGCAGAUGUCGAUUCAGAGGAGCUGUGGAUUUCCAGUUGCAUGGGUGAUGCUCAGUUCGGAGCGCACGGUGCUACCGCGAUUGGUUGGAUGACCCUCGAAGGCACCAAAUCCGCAGGGACAGAUCUCCACUCUAAAACGGCUAGCAUUCUGGGCAUCUCUCGGGACCAGGCGAAAGUUUUCAAUUAUUCUCGAAUCUACGGAGCAGGGAUGCGGCACGCUAUCCUUCUUCUGUUGCAGAACAGCGCUGGCAUGUCACAGGAAAAUGCUCAGAAACUCGCCAGCAACCUGUAUGCGUCGACGAAGGGGAAGAACACACAUCGUGCCGAUAUUUUCGGUCGAAAAUUUUGGUUCGGGGGGACUGAGAGCUUUCUGUUCAACAAACUCGAGGAGAUCGCGCUCAGCGAUAAACCGCAGACGCCAGCAUUAGGGUGCGGGGUGACCUAUGCCUUGUCCAAGGAAUAUCUGCCUUCUGACUUCGGCUCCGACUACAUGCCUUCUCGCAUCAAUUGGGUCGUUCAAUCCUCGGGUGUUGACUACCUCCACAUGCUGAUCGUGUCUAUGGACUUCCUCAUUGAGCGGUAUGACAUAAAUGCGCGUUACCUGAUCUCGGUACACGACGAACUGCGCUACUUGGUCUCCGACGCAGACCGCUAUCGGGCUGCUCUCGCCUUACAAAUCGCCAACAUUUGGACGCGCAGUUUGUUUGCCUACAGACUGGGCAUGGACGACCUUCCUCAGAGUGUGGCGUUCUUUUCGGCCGUGGAUGUAGACCAUGUUCUGCGCAAGGAGGUCGACAUGCCAUGCGUAACACCCUCCCAGCCGAAUCCCAUCCCACCGGGCGAGAGCCUGACUAUGGAGGGCAUCCUCCAGAAGACGGGUAACGGGACGCUGAUGAAACACGGCGGUCCGAUGUCUGCCACGCUCGCCGAACCAUUCGUUGGCUCUCUCAAGGGCUUUGUCGAACCCGACUGUCUCAAGCAUCGCUCCAAAAGCGUCAAUUUCUUGCAGGCCCAAGCUGCCAGUGACUUUGGCGAAGUAAAACAUCUGGCUCAAUUGGAAUCUGGCAAGAAGUUCGGCGGCGGAAUCGGUUCGGACUCCGGGAGGAGGAAAAGUAGGAACCAGUCCGCCCCAGUUGGGAACGGGGAUGAUUUCGAUUGGUCCAAGGCAAUAGAAGAUCUCCUCAGCGACUCAAAGACCGUAGAAGAGAUUGUACGAAGUGUCCAUGAUCACUUUCCCUGAGCCAUUUCUUCUUUGUAGUGAUAGUGUACAUCCUUUGUAUUUCUAGUCUAUUUUAGUCAUCAAGAGCAGGAAGACUAUCGCUCGCGACAUCAUUCCCAAGUGCUACUUCCUUGAACAACGUGUAAGCUCGGUCUAGAUCGUCAUUGACAAUGACAUGAUCAUGCGCGUGGGGCUGCUUCGCAUACUCGAUCUCCUUCAGAGCCAUGUUAAGACGUUUUUGGACCGAUGUUUCUGUUUCUGUUCCUCGUCCUUGUAAGCGCGAGCGCAGAUCGGCGAGUGAAGGUGGCGAUAUAAAAAGAUAGAUGGGAUCUAGAGCGGAGGCCUUGAUCUGGCGAACACCCUGCAACGUGGCAUGAGCGAUGCAUCCAGAACUAUAAAAUGACGGACCUGAGCCUCAAUAUCCAAGAUACAACGCCGUCCCUGGUCUGAGAUCUGCUUUACAGUUGCAAAACUUGUCCCAUAGAAAUUCCCCGAGAAUUCCGCGUGUUCGAUGAACGCUUCAGCGGCGAUGAGGUCCUUGAACUCUUGGGUGGGCACAAAGAAGUAAUGUUUCCCGUGGACCUCGCCUGGACGCGGAGACCGAGUAGUGUCUGAUUCAAGAAUCAGACUCCCGAGGACUUCAGCAGGCGAAAGACGAACGUGAAACAGAAAACCCGAAUUUAUCGGGAAAUUCCGCAAAGAGACGCUGCAGAAGUGUGCUCUUCCCAACACCGGAAGGUCCCGAAAUGACCAGCGGACGCAAAAAGUGGCUCAUGGCUCUGGCUUGGUGUGAGAGACGAGGAAGGAGGCGAACCCCUUGAGAGGAGGCUGCAUUGGCAGCUAGCUCAUGUGACGGCGCCAAUUUGAUUGUCACACCUGUGAGAUACUACGAUCCCACUCCUUAUUACUCCUUUCUUCCCUGCCAGUCAGAGAACCUACUCUCUUACAGGGUGCCCCACCCUCAGUUCGCGCCGUUUCCACGAGAUUUACGUUCAUUAUGGGAGGAGUUUGCUGUAGACCUACGCCGGUCGACUUUGACGGAGAUGUCACGCUUUUUCACUUUGUGCUACUGCGUUGUGUGGGCAAGGGUGCUUUCGGCAAGGUCCGCGUGGUCCAGCACAAGCAAACGCGAGAGCUGUACGCUCUUAAGUAUAUCAACAAAGCGAAAUGUGUGAAAAUGAAAGCUGUUCCGAACGUUAUUCAAGAACGACGCCUUCUCGAAGAGGUGUGCCCUGCCCUUGAGUCCGUAUUCUCGUCAUUGAAAGUCAUCCAGAUUGACCACCCAUACGUGGCUGCGACGAUGUUUGAGAUCAGGCCUCCAGUCCACCUUGAGCGGCUCGGCUCUCUAGACGAAGAAGUUGUUCGUUUCUAUGUUGCUCAACUAUCAUCGGCUAUCCAAUUUCUGCACGACAUGAACAUUAUGCAUAGAGAUAUCAAACCGGACAACAUCCUCUUAGACGAGCGGGGAAAUGCGCAUCUGACGGACUUCAAUAUCGGUCUCAAGUUCUCUGAGAGGAAGUUGAUGGGGGUGGCUGGUUCUAUGGCCUACAUGGCACCCGAGUGUGUCCGCUCUCCCACUCCUACCUUCCACGCCGCUAACGAUGUCGGAGAAUUCUGGCUAAACGUGGAUACAAUCAUCAAAUCGACUGGUGGUCACUUGGUCAUCACCAAAGAUCCGCUCAAGUGGCCUGAGGAUGCGGAGAAAAAGUGCAGCCGGCCUGGAAUGCAAGUGUUGAAAGGCCUAUUGGACCGCGAUGUAACUCGAAGAUUCGGAUGCAAACCUCACAGUGAAGGCUAUCACGAACUGCAAAGGCAUCCCUGGUUCAAGUCUAUUGACUGGGACACAUUGGAUAGCAAGGAGCAGACGUCACCCUUUGUCCCUGAUGCGAAGAAGGCAAAUUUCGAUGCCUCGCACGAGUUGGAAGAACUCCUCUUAGAAGACAACCCUCUGAAGGCAAAGACUCGCAAAGCUAACCAGGAGAAUUUCUCUCCUGAAAUGCGGCAGAUGGAGGAUCAAUUCACCACCUAUGAUUUCAAGAAAAUGCAAAGGCGCUCUUACUUUCCUCACAAUCAGUUGAUCUCGACAGCCACAGCCACUUCUUCAGGGAUGGCUUCAUCACGACCUGGCACCCCAGCUAACGAUCUCCGGGUCGAGAACGGGAUCUCGAUAAACGGCAACUCGAUGGACUUGGACCCUCUCGCGACGUUCAACAAUUGGAUAGAUCGCUUGCGGAGUCAGUUCUCGCCGCUUCCAGAGGGAACGACUGCGGCCGUGUUUCGUCUACUAUUUCCCGAACAGGAUGUGGCGUUCAGAUACGACAUGCAGGAGAAGAGGUUGGCGAGCGCACUCGCUGCGUGCUAUGGAUUCCCAGAAGACAAUCUCACAGCAUGGAUGUCCGAAACUUCGCUGGGGUGUUUAGGAGACGAUCUCCGAAAGUCUCUGACUAGAACUGAUUCUAAACCUUGUGAUUACGUCGGACCUCUCAGUAUUCAGCAAGUGGUAGACCUGUUGGAGGAGCUAGCUUCGCAUUCGGGUUACUCGGACGCAGAUGUGCGUUCCAAGUACCCCACAGGCAGUCGUCGACGGGACAAGAACACCAUCAUUCGCAAACUGUUUCGCGAGCUUCCGACCAUGGAUGCAGCGUUCUUAGCCCAAAUCAUACUGAAAGAUCUACGCCCACUGCUAUAUCCUUUAACAGAAACGCAUUACACCGCGGCACUGAAGUCUUUCAACACUCUUUCCGUGACUGCGUUGACCCAGGAACAUGCGAUGAAAGCUUGGGACCCCAGUCGACGGAUGUGCGACAUUUAUCGCGUGCGCUCACGUCUAGUGGAUGCUGCAACCGGCUUCGAGGCAGGACUAUCCUCCUUGACGCCUGAGAUUGGAGUCCCUAUUCAGAUGCCGAAGUCGGAAAAGGGCCGCAGCUGUUUACAUGUCCUGGAACGACUACAAAACUCGACAGAAAUAUGGGCCGAGACCAAGUACGAUGGAGAACGUGCGCAAAUCCACGUCAAGAUCCGGCCAGACAAACGAGCGCAUAUUCAAAUCUUUAGCAAGAGCAAACGAGACUCGACUUGGGACAGGCAUGCUAUUCACGAUGUUAUUCGUCAAGCAUUGCAGUUGGAUCAGGAGAGAAGCUGCGUCCAGAGAGAUGUCAUCCUGGAUGCGGAGAUGGUUCCAUGGCACGAAGGGCAGAUUGACGAGUUCUGGAGAAUCAAUGGUCUCGUCGAGGCCACGGCAAAAGGAGUGAGAAGAAGAGAAUCCAAGUCACUCAUCGAGGAAGAUCUUUCUCAACUGUCUCUUGUGACGGACAACUCGGAUCGUCAACUGGGACUGGUGGUUUUUGACAUCCUGAUGCUCAACUCGAAGUCGCUCAUGCGCGAAAGCUAUUCUGCUCGUCGGGAUAUCCUGGAAUCCGUCAUCAAGCCGAUUCCAGGUCUCGCUAUUUUGGCUGACCGAUGGCCUAUAGGCCUACAUUGGGGCAACAGACAAGGACAUCCAUCUUUGCACCAUGUUUUUGCGGAAUGUCUGGCUGCUGCGAAGGAAGGACUGGUUCUCAAGGCCGGAGAAAGUGGUUACAACGAUCGCCGACUUCCCUGGGUUAAGCUGAAGAAGGACUACAUUCCCGGGUAUGGAGACUGCUUGGACAUGGUUGUGCUGGGUGUUUCUUGGGAGAAGGAAAGAGGGCGCGAGUUCCGAGUUGCUCCCGGCACUUAUACGACAUUCUUCAUCGGAGGGCUGCUGAAAGAUCGCGGUCGCUCUGAGAAGCCGGUAUUCGGCAUCUAUUUCACAGCAUCGUAUGGUCUUGGUCGCGAUCAGCUGGAGGAUGUCAACUUCCGGAUAAAGAGCUCUGACCCGAUCCCUUUCAAAUCCUUGAAUGGGAGUGGAUCGCUACCUGGAUAUGAUUUCCAGCUGCAUGCGGGGCUGACUCCUCCUAUGGCCCUGUUGCGAGAACCACUCCUCUGCGAACUCCUCGGGGCAGGUUUCAGCAAGAGUCCCCACAGUCGGCACUACGCGCUACGUUUUCCCCGUAUCACCAAAAUCUAUCGCGCACAAGAACGAAGUUGGAAAGAGGGUGUAACACUCCCCAAUCUCCACAAGAUUGCACGGACUGCAGUGGGCAAGACCGCUGCGGCUGCCGAUGAAAUCUGGGGCAAGUCUGAAGACGAGACACGAAAGAGAAAGCGUGCCUCAGCCCAGUGGGAGGACAGAUUAUUUGCAGAUGACAGGAGAGCUGCUCACCGGAAGCAGUGGUCUUUAUUGCAUCGAAGGAUCCUGGGCACUUUCCAGUCAUCGCACCAAACCAUCGUCACGGGCACCAGCCAUGCUCCGUUGGCCGAUAUCUCCAACUCCCCGACGACGGAAACAUUCUCGGACGCUACCCUAUAG